CGGAGCCCCCAGCGCUGCCGAGCCGCAUGAACAAUAGGCGGCGGCGGCUCCCGCGGGCGGCCGCCCCGCACCCUAUGGACCGGCCGCUCCAUGGAGUCCUCCAGAUCGCUUCUCGGCUGCCUGGCGAGCGCCGCUGUCGCCCCGCCGGGGGAGGAUGCCACGGGCGCAGGGGCCGAGGAGGAGGAGGACGAAGAGGAGGCGGCGGCCGAGCUGGGAUCUCACGCCGCGCUGCCCUACUGGACGGCUGUGUUCGAGUACGAAGCGGCGGGCGAGGACGAGCUGACCCUGCGCUUGGGCGAUGUGGUAGAGGUGUUGUCCAAGGACUCGCAGGUGUCCGGCGAUGAGGGCUGGUGGACCGGACAGCUGAACCAGCGGGUGGGCAUUUUCCCCAGCAACUACGUGACCCCGCGCAGCGCCUUCUCCAGCCGCUGCCAGCCGGGUGCGGAGGACCCCAGCUGCUACCCGCCCAUUCAGCUGUUAGAGAUUGACUUUGCGGAACUGACCCUGGAGGAGAUCAUCGGUAUUGGGGGCUUUGGGAAAGUUUACCGAGCUUUCUGGGUCGGUGAUGAGGUCGCCGUGAAAGCAGCUCGUCAUGACCCUGAUGAGGACAUCAGCCAGACCAUCGAGAAUGUUCGCCAGGAGGCCAAGCUCUUUGCCAUGCUGAAGCACCCGAACAUCAUUGCCCUCAGGGGGGUAUGCCUGAAGGAGCCCAACCUCUGCUUGGUCAUGGAGUUUGCUCGUGGAGGGCCUUUGAACAGAGUGCUGUCUGGGAAGAGGAUUCCCCCGGACAUCCUGGUCAACUGGGCUGUGCAGAUCGCCAGAGGGAUGAACUACCUACACGAUGAGGCAAUCGUUCCCAUCAUUCACCGAGACCUUAAGUCCAGUAACAUAUUGAUCCUGCAGAAAGUGGAGAAUGGAGACCUGAGUAACAAGAUUCUGAAGAUCACUGACUUUGGGCUGGCUCGGGAAUGGCACCGGACCACCAAGAUGAGUGCGGCAGGGACAUACGCUUGGAUGGCCCCUGAAGUCAUCCGUGCUUCCAUGUUUUCCAAAGGCAGCGAUGUGUGGAGCUACGGAGUGCUGCUUUGGGAACUGCUGACUGGUGAGGUGCCCUUCCGAGGCAUUGACGGCUUAGCAGUGGCUUAUGGAGUGGCCAUGAACAAACUCGCCCUUCCUAUUCCUUCUACAUGUCCAGAACCUUUUGCCAAACUCAUGGAAGACUGCUGGAAUCCAGACCCCCACGCACGUCCGUCUUUUCCAAGCAUCCUGGACCAGCUGAUGACCAUAGAAGAGUCUGGUUUCUUUGAGAUGCCCAAGGACUCCUUCCAUUGCCUGCAGGAUGACUGGAAACAUGAGAUUCAGGAGAUGUUUGACCAACUCAGGGCCAAGGAAAAGGAGCUCCGCACCUGGGAGGAGGAGCUGACCCGGGCUGCGCUCCAGCAGAAGACCCAGGAGGAGCUGCUGCGACGCCGGGAGCAGGAACUGGCUGAGCGGGAGAUCGACAUCCUGGAGCGAGAGCUCAACAUCAUCAUCCACCAGCUGUGCCAGGAGAAGCCCAGGGUGAAGAAACGCAAGGGCAAGUUUAGGAAGAGCCGGCUCAAGCUGAAGGAUGGCAACCGCAUCAGCCUCCCCUCGGAUUUCCAGCACAAGUUCACCGUGCAGGCCUCCCCAACCAUGGAUAAAAGGAAGAGUCUGAUCAGCAACCGGUCGAGCCCCCCGGCAAGCCCCACCAUCAUCCCUCGCCUCCGAGCCAUCCAGUUGACACCAGGAGAAAGUAGUAAAACCUGGGGCCGGAGCUCAGUUGUCCCAAAAGAAGAAGGAGAAGAGGAGGAGAAGAGAGCCCCAAAGAAGAAGGGCCGGACAUGGGGACCAGGAACACUUGGGCAGAAAGAGCUCCCCUCAGGAGAUGAAGGAUCCCCCCAGAGACGGGAAAAAACUAAUGGCUUAAGUACCCCGUCAGAGUCUCCACAUUUCCACUUGGGCCUCAGGUCCCUGGUAGAUGGAUACAAACAGUGGUCAUCCAGUGCCCCCAACCUGGGGAAGGGCCCGCGGAGCAGCCCCGCCCUGCCUGGGUUUACCAGCCUUAUGGAGAUAGAGGAUGAGGAUAGUGAAGGCCUAGGAAGUAGAGAGAAUCAUCUACAGCAUUCGCCCAACCAGUCCUACCUCUGUAUCCCAUUUCCUCGUGGAGAGGAUGGGGAUGGCCCCUCUAGUGAUGGUGUUCAUGAGGAGCCCACCCCAGUCAACUCAGCCACCAGUACCCCGCAGCUGACGCCAACAAACAGCCUCAAACGCAGUGGAACCCACCACCGGCGCUGUGAGGUGGCUCUGCUUGGCUGUGGAGCUGUUCUGGCAGCCACAGGCCUUGGGUUUGACUUGCUGGAAGCUGGCAAGUGCCCAUUGCUUCCCCCAGAGGAACCUGAGCCACCAGUCCGAGAAGAGAAGAAGAAACGAGAGGGUCUUUUCCAAAGGGCCAGCCGUCCUCGUCGGAGUACCAGCCCCCCAUCCCGGAAGAUCUUCAAGAAGGAAGAGCCAAUGAUGUUGCUGGGAGAUCCCUCUGCCUCCUUGACACUGCUGUCUCUCUCCUCUAUCUCUGAAUGCAAUUCUACCCGCUCCCUGCUGCGCUCUGACAGUGAUGAGAUCGUGGUGUAUGAAAUGCCAGUCAGCCCAGCCGAAGCUCCACCCCCAACCCCAUGCACCCACAACCCCCUGGUUAAUGUCCAAGUGGAGCGCUUCAAGCGAGACCCCAACCAGUCCCUGACUCCCACCCAUGUCACCCUCACAACGCCCACGCAGCCUAGUUGUCACAGGAGGACUCCUUCCGAUGGGGCUCUUAAGCCAAUGGCAGCCCCUCCCGCACUAGCCAGCAGGAGCCCCUCCAGCAAUGGCCUGAGUCCUAGUCCGGGAGCAGGAAUGUUGAAAACUCCCAGUCCCAGCAGAGACCCAGGUGACUUCCCCCGUCUCCCUGACCCCAAUGUGGUCUUUCCCCCAACUCCAAGGCGCUGGAAUACACAACGGGACUCUACCUUAGAGAGACCUAAGACUCUGGAGUUUCUGCCUCGGCCACGUCCCUCUGCCAACCGGCAGCGGCUGGACCCUUGGUGGUUUGUGUCUCCCAGCCAUGCCCGCAGCGCCUCCCCAGCCAACAGCUCCAGCACAGAGACACCCAGCAACCUGGACUCCUGCUUUGCCAGCAGCAGCAGCACCGUAGAAGAGCGGCCUGGACUUCCAGCCCUGCUCCCUUUACAGGCAGGGACACUGCCUCCCACUGAGCGGACGCUUCUGGACCUGGACGCAGAGGGCCAGAGCCAGGAUAGCACUGUGCCCCUAUGCAGAGCUGAACUGAACGCACAUGGGCCUUCCUCUUAUGAGAUCCAGCAGGAGUUCUGGUCUUAGUGUAAAAAGGGUCAGGGUGGCCAAAGGGGAAUCCGAAAGAGAUGGAGGGAGCUGCCUGGCUGGCACAGCACUGUCUGGGUUAGGCCCCCUAGGACCUAGACCUCCUCCUUGCACUGAGAAUGCACUUUGAAGGUGGAAGGGAUGGAAGCGGGGCCACCCGAGAGGGCCUCCUGCCCCAUGUUCACUGGAAGGGCUGUGUCAGCUCUGGCCAUGUAGGGGAGGAAAGGCUGUGUGCACGUCCCCACCCUCUGGUCUUCCUCACCUAUAGGGUGACACUGCAGAGUCAGUCAGCCAAUUCUAUCCACUGCCUCUUCUCUGCCAGAGCUGUCCUGGAGUUCUUUGUCAGCCCAUAGUUGCACCUGUUCACACACCAAUGCUGGUGUCCUCUGGUUGGUCUGGCAUAGCUUCCACUCUUCCCAGUGUCUCUUUUGGUAUGUGAUGAGUAUCCUGUGACAGCUGAUGGGGACAGGUUUGCCUUAGGAGAACUAGAGGGCUUGACAGACUUGGUACUACCUACCUGCUCAAAUCUCAGUGAGAACCAAGGGUCCAGGGCAGGAGGAGAGGAGAGACAGUCAAGGAAAAUACAGUCAGGUUGCGUGGGGAGGGUGCAAGAGUCAUGCCUCAGUUUGGUUUGGCUUGGAGUUUUAGAAACAAAGGCAGAAAUUGGUACCUAUUGGAUGGCUUCAGGUCACAGUUGCACCAGGUUUGAGUUUUAAGUAUAUUCAUCUCAGGCAUAGCUGCUCGGGAGAUAUACUCACUGACUCCAGUUCGGAAGUCAGGGACAGUGCCUGCAUUUGUCUCUCUUGGUGGCCCUCUGUUCUUCCCUCCAGCUCCUGCCAUCAGUGGGUUUUAGGUCAUGUGUGGUUCACAGGUACACCUGAAGUGUGCCAGAAUAGCACAUGGGGGUGGGUCCUGGACCCUGAGGGUGUGGAACUAUCUGUUUUGUGAUCCCCUUGAAGGAAAUAAACCCUUAGUUAUAAUGUUUGGGUACAGGAAGGCAGUAGCAUGGUACAGUUCCUCAGGCGCUCAGUGGGACACUGACUGGGGCUACAAGGUCUCUACACAGAGAGCUGAGGCUGGGCCCUGCACCAUGACCUGUGUAGGAGAGACUGAGAGGCUCGUGGUCACUCAUUUGGGGUCUGUUUCUUUUACUUGAAUAUUGUGCUUCAUCAAGAGCUUUCUCACAUAUUUUCUUCACUGUCCACAUCCUCAGAUCCCUCUGCGAUGCAGGUGCACUGUGGCCCUUAUGUGACAGUAACAGCUUGGUUGGGCUUGCCGCCUCCAGCGGUGUUGGAGUCAGUCUGCUGGUUGGCUG